AUCCCAACAAGCCCAAGAGCGACAAGGCAACAGUGCUGGGGGAAAGUCUGGCGGCGCUGAGCGAGCUGCGCUCCACUGUGGCUGCUCUGAGGGCGGAGCACCAGAUGCUGUCGGGGGAAGCCAAGGAGCUGUCAGCGGAGAAGCAGGAGGUGCGGCAGGAGCGGCAGCUGCUGCGGAUGGAGGCGCUGCAGGCGCAGCUGCACAUGCUGCCGUGGCUGCCCCCUCACACCCUCACCCAUCCACCCUCCCGCCCACCCGCCCAUCCCCUGUGA